CUUGUGCCCGGUCUAAUCUCUGUGGUUACACGUACACGUGUAGACGGGCAGACUAUCGGUUCUAUUCAUCUUUUGUUUCUGUUAUCUCCGGCCCACUGUAUAAUAACUUUCGGCCCCCGAUUCAUUUCUCCGCUGUCAACUUUAUUCUUCUCAUCGCCAUACGUGCCACGCUUCUCACAAGCUCUGCAGUUGCCUUCUAGACCCCCAAGAUGAAGCCGUCUUCCCUGGCAGACGCCGACUUCGACAACGACGUGGACAAGCCGUCCGCGGCCGUCAUCGAGGACUCCCACCUGCACCACGAGCACAGCGCCCGCCUGACCAGGUCCAUCCUCUUCAAGACUGACACGCGUGUCCUUCCCAUCCUCGCCCUGCUCUUCUUGUGUUCUUUCCUCGACAGGACAAAUGUCGGCAACGCAAAGAUCAUCGGCCUCGCCGAGGACCUCGACAUCUCCAGCCUGCAGUACAACCAGGGCCUGGCCGUGUUCUAUGCAACGUAUAUUGCGAGCGAACUCCCCUCAAACCUGAUCCUCAAGCGCCUCACGCCCCGGGUAUGGCUCGCCGCCCUGGCCUGCGCCUGGGGCACCGUGACCAUGUGCCUGGGCUUCGUGCGCAGCUACGGCUCCUUCGUCGCCGUCCGCGCCAUCCUGGGCGCCACCGAGGGCGGCCUGCUCCCCGGCAUGGUCCUGUACCUCUCGGGCCUGUACACGCGGGGGGAGAUGGCGCUCCGCAUCGGCAUCUUCUACACCGCCGCGUCGCUGUCGGGCGCCUUUGGGGGCCUGCUCGCCCGCGGCCUGUCUGCCAUUGGGCCUCGUGGGGGCCUUGAGGGCUGGAGAUGGAUUUUCAUAAUCGAGGGGUUGCUCACGGUCGUGUGUGGUGCCAUCUCGUACUUCUUCCUUGCUAGUAACCUGCACACUGCGUCUUUCCUUACCCCUGAGGAGCGCGAGUUUGCUGCGAAGCGGCUUUCUGGGGAGGUGCCUAGUGCGGAGAGGUUCAGCCCUUCCGUAGAGAGGGAAGAGAAGUUCAGAUGGUCCGAGGUCAAACGAGGCGUCCUGAACGUCCAGGUCUGGCUCACCGCCACGGCCUACUUCGCCAUCCUGUCCGGCCUCUACUCCUUCGGCCUGUUCCUCCCAACCAUCAUCAACGACAUGCACAUCACAUCCGACGCGAACCAGACCCAGCUCUGGUCCGUCAUCCCCUACGCGGUCGCCACCCCCGUGACAGUCUUCGUCGCCUUGCUGUCCGAUCGUUUGAAACUCCGGGGCACGAUCAUGUUGUUCACCCUCCCCGUCGCCAUCGCCGGCUACGCCGUGAUCGCCAACGUCACGUCCGCCCCCGCCCGCUUCGCAAUGACCUGCCUCAUGGCCAUCGGGAUGUAUGCGAGCGUCCCCUGCGUGCUGGUCUGGAACUCCAACAACUCAGCCGGCCACUACAAGCGCGCCACGACGUCGGCCCUGCAGCUCGCCAUCGCCAACGCUGGGGGGUUUGUUGCCACGUUCAUCUACCCCAAGGAGGAAGGCCCGCUGUACCACAAGGGCCACACGGUGAUUCUGGGCCUGUUGUGCUACGCCUGGGUCGCCGUCCUGGCGAAUGUGCUCUACUGCAGGAAGGUCAACAGGGACAAGCAGGCUGGCAAGUACGCCCAGUUCGAGGGCUGCGGCGACGACAGAGACCCGCGCUUUAUCAUGAUACUGUAA